UGCAUUGCUUCUUUAUUUUGAUCUCAAACAGCUUCGAGUUGACGCAAGCAGCUACUACAGGAGUAUAUGUGCUUUCUUUCAGAUAAUUCUCUGUGCCAUAAAUAGGACCACUUUCCGAAAUAACAGCUAGUGACAAGAGUACUAGGGAGAAAAGUUUAAUGCCUCAUUAUCAACGAUAUGCACACCAACUCGGAAAAGAAUCCACAGCAGCAGACUGGUUUAGAACAAUACUUAUUCUACACCUUCCUGCACAAGAAGUCCAAGGGUACUACCUCGUUCGGUAAGCGCCAGACCAAGACGCACACCUUGUGCCGUCGUUGUGGCAACCGCUCCUUCCACAAGCAAAAGAAGACCUGCGCUAGCUGUGGCUACCCCUCGGCCAAGAUCCGCAAGUUCAACUGGUCCGAGAAGGCUAAGCGUAGAAAGACCACUGGCACUGGCCGCAUGAGCCACUUGAAGAACGUUCACCGUCGUUUCCUUAACGGUUUCCGCGAGGGUACUCAGGCCGUCAAGCAGACCAAGGCUGAAGCUUCUGCUUAAAUAUGAUCCACGAUUAUCGUCCCUUGCUUUAAACCUACCAGAAUAAAAAGCCAACUUUGAACAUUACACAAUUGCUGCUGCUGGUGCUGCUGCUGGUGCUGCUGCUCUCUUCCCUUAAUAUUGCGUAAACAUUUUUAUGUUAUGGAUACACACAGACGGUUUGCAUUGGUUCAGGUUAUUGAUUUUGUAGAGUGGGAGCAGGAAAAUAAAGGCAAGAGAGGUGUAUGUUUGCAAUUAUAGCUGGCCCGAAACAUUGGACGUAUGGACAGAACCUAUUCGAGUGAAAUGAAAAUAGCCUGUGCGACCUUGGAUUGUUUUUUAAAAAAGCGACGUUUCUUGGGGCAGGAUCGCCCCUUCUUCUUCUUUUGCC